AUGUCACAAACCAAGAAGGAAGACCCCAAACCUUUAGCCAAGAAAAGUGUCAAAAUCGAAUCUAAGCCUAAAGGAAAAGAAAUUUUUUUCAGUGAAGAACCUAUUGUUAACAACAAUGAAGACGAUGAACCUGAUGAAAACAAGCUCAAAAGGAGAAAAGCAUGUGAAGCAAAAAUGGAUGAGUAUCAGAGAAUAAUCCACGAGGUUGAAGUGAAAGAGAAAGCAGAACGAGAAGCUCAGGUCACACUUGAAAGCAGAAAGCUUUUAUUUCCAGACUGGACUCUGAAGCAAAUUCAGAACAACGCUGCGGAUCUGCCGAGUCAAUAUUGGCUGGAACCAGUUGUGACAUUUGAGGUUCAGAAUACAUAA